GUAUAGAAUGAAAGUUCAAACUUCUAGUAGUUAGAAUGUCUUCUUCAUAAUAUUAUUUUUAUUUAGAUAAAAAUAUUAGUAAUUAAUUAAUAACUACUAAAAAAAAAGAUUUUGAAAUGUGUAUAAAAGGAUGUUAGUCCCGCUAUAAAUUUUUACUCACUUUUUUGAAAACGAAAAAUAGAAGAUUCUUCUCCAAAUAUUGGCCAUCAUCAAGGGGCUUCAACUUGCCAACUAGGAGUUUUACUCCCACAGAUUUAUCUUUUUAAAACUAUAUAACAAGAAACUAAGGUGAAAAGGCUAAAAUCUCAAGAACCCAAGCUCAGCACUGAGAAGAAGCAAGUUAAUCAAUGACAGCAACGGGCGAUCGAUCACUGAGGAGGGACGGCCGGAAGAAAAACUCGCCGGCGGUGACAGAUGAGACGGAGGUUCUCAGCUUACCUUUGGGGGGGGUAGGGGUGCCGCGGGGGGGGGGGGGGGGUGGGUUCACCGGUGACUGGUCUCAAUUAAUUGGUGCGUGUGAAAAGUGUGAACUUAAAAAGACGCAGAGAGAGAGAGAGAGAUGCCGCGUACAAGUCUAGUAGAUCAGACGUGUCGAAGAUGAGGGCGACAGAGUCGCAUUUUGAAAUCUGACAAUUUUCUAAUUUUGUAUUUGGUGAGCGCUUUAAUUAUGCUUUUUCAAAAUCAUAUAAUACUGUGUGUGGCGCCGUUGAUUAAUCGCAAAAGCCUAAAACCCUUCCGGCUCUCGACUGGGUUAAUACUUCAUUCGAGAGAGAAAGAGAGAGAGCGAGAGAAGAGAGGUGAUGAGCUUUAUUGUCUCUGUUUCUCCGAGGAUCUUUUGAACAUCUUCACCGCCUUGCAUAAUCCACCAAGAACCCUACUUACUACGUUCUUUAUGACUGCUGCGGCUUCUUUUUCUGUCGCCUUCCACUCUGGAAUGACUACCAUGUCUUGUCAGCCGGCGAGAACGGGGAGGCACCGUCAGCGCUACAAGGAUCAUCUCAGGCUUGUAUCAGGGUGCAUUCCUUAUAGGCGUGUGGAGAAUACUAGGGAUAUUAGUUCCACUGUGGAGAAUAGAGUGACGAUCCUCAUGAUUUCUUCGCCGAAUCGUGAUGAUCUUGUUUUCCCAAAGGGAGGAUGGGAGGAUGAUGAGACUCUUUGUGAAGCUGCAUGUCGUGAGGCAGAGGAGGAGGCAGGAGUGAGAGGAAAGCUUAGUGAAAAUCCCCUGGGAGUCUGGGAGUUUAGAAGCAAGAGCAGACAGAAUAGCAGCAGCCUGGAAGGAGGUUGCAGAGGCUAUAUGUUUGCACUAGAGGUGGACGAAGAGCUUGACUCCUGGCCAGAGCAGGCUAUCCAUGGCAGAAUAUGGCUUAGCGAAGAGGAAGCAUUCAAACGCUGUCGAUAUGAAUGGAUGAAGGAAGCUCUUCGAAUAUUUCUGGCUUCCCUGACCAAGGAGAGGACAGUGGACACGAGAAAAGAGUCGGUGGGACAUCCUUCAAACAUUUCUGGCUUCCCUUGCCGAGGAGAGGACAGAAAUGGACAUGAGAAAAGAGUUGGUGGGACAUCCACGAUUUUCAGCUGCAGCUUCCAGAUGCCCGGCGGGAGAGCUUCAAAUGUGUCACUGGGAGCAUUCUGGCAUUCAACCCCUUGACGGAUUCCUGUAAAUACAUUGUGCUAGGUUGGUGACUUCUGUACAAUUCCCCUCACCAUAUCUGUUAACCUUCUGUCGUCCUUGUAUUGUUAAGCUGUGCAUAGUUUAUCCUCUUCCUCAAAUCUUCUUUGCUCUCUGCAAAGCUUGUAUUGUGAUGAAACUCUGUAUUAUUCUGUGGCCGAGCUAAAUUUGAGGAAGGAAUAAAACCGGUUUUUUCUCUUC